UUCUCUCUCUCUCUCUCUCUGUCGAAAUGAAGAAGAUGCUUUACAUCUAACAAUUUUCUUCUUGUACUACUACCACCGUGUAAGUUCAUACAAGUAAAACCAUAUCCUUUAUAAAAAAUAAAUGUUUCUAUUUCUCCGUUCACUUCAUCUUCCUUUACCGUUACCCGGCUGAAGUCUUUGUUUCUCUCCGGUGACAGUUCUUUGUCUGAUUCCAGGUUUUUGCCAGCUGUUGAGAUACGUUUUUAGUUAGUUAUAGGUCAGUUUUUGUCUGAUUGGAAAAAUAAAAAAAAAGAGGAAUUAGGUUUCAUCCGAUGGAGAAAGGGACUUGAUUUUGGACAAAGGCACGUGUCUGAGUCCUUUAUUCGAGCUCUGAUCCAUCGGAUAUGAAUUGGCUUCUCUUUUGAUUUCUGAAUUUUUUUUCACUUUCUUCUCUGCGCUUGUAAAAUUGGGGUUUGCGAUGGAAGCUAGAACUGAAGGUGGAGAAGAUGGUCACGGUUUAUUUGGUUUUAGUGGUAAAAGGAAUGUGGAGUGGGAUUUGAAUGAUUGGAAAUGGGAUGGUGAUCUGUUUGUAGCUAGACAGUUGAACCACGGUUCGUCCAACAGCUCCUCGGCGUGCUCUGAUGAAGCAAAUGUUGAUAUCACGGCGAAGAAUAAAAGAAGAGCUGUUGUUACUGUGACAGCAACGGAAGAAGGGAACUUGAGGGAUGAUGAUGAUGCCCCUAAGCUUUCUUUGAAUCUUGGUGGUGGAAAUUGUGGUGAUAUUGAGGGCAAUGGUGCCAAAAAGACCAAGCUUGGAGGAGGAUUACAGAGCCGAGCGAUUCGUUGUCAAGUAGAGAAUUGUGGAGCUGAUUUAAGCAAAGUGAAGGAUUACCAUAGACGUCAUAAGGUUUGUGAGAUGCAUUCUAAAGCUACUAGUGCACCUGUUGGAGGAGUUAUGCAGCGGUUUUGUCAGCAAUGUAGCAGGUUUCAUGUGCUUGAGGAGUUUGAUGAAGGAAAGAGAAGUUGCCGCAGACGUUUGGCUGGGCAUAAUAAGCGUAGAAGGAAAACAAAUCCUGCUGCUAUAGGCGACGGUACUCCUACUAGUAAUGAUCAAACAAGCAACUAUUUGUUGAUAACUCUUUUGAAGAUACUCUCCAAUAUACAUUCGAAUCAAUCAGACCAAGCAGGUGAUCAGGAUCUGCUGUCUCAUCUUCUAAAGAGCCUUGUAAGCCAAGCUGGUGAACAUGUAGUGAAGAAUUUAGUUGGGCUUAUGCAGGGUGGAGGAGGACUUCAGGCUUCUCAAGCUUUGCUUUCACUUGGACACGCUCCUCAAGAAGAUAUAAAGCAUCAUUCAAAUGUGUUUGGAACGCCUUGGCAAGAAGUGUAUGCCAGUGGUUCUCAAGAAAGAGCUGUCCCGGAUAGGUCUGAAAAACAAGUCAAAGUGAAUGAUUUUGAUUUGAAUGAUAUAUAUAUAGACUCGGAUAAUACUACAGAUAUAGAGAGAUCAUCACCUCCUCCCACCAAUCCAGCAACCAGUUUUCUUGAUUAUCACCACGACUCGCGUCAUUCUAGUCCACCCCAGACUAGUACGCACUCAGAUUCAGCUUCUGACCAAUCACCUUCAAGUUCCAGUAGAGAUCCUCAGAGCCAUACCGAUCGUAUUGUGUUCAAACUAUUUGGGAAAGAGCCUAAUGAUUUUCCAGUUGCCUUACGGGGACAGAUCCUUGACUGGUUAGCUCAUACUCCAACUGACAUGGAGAGCUACAUUAGACCUGGUUGUGUCGUUUUGACCGUUUAUCUUCGUCAAGAUGAAGCUUCUUGGGAAGAACUUUGUUGUGAUCUGAGUUUCAGCUUGAAGAGGCUUCUAGAUCUUUCAGAUGAUCCUUUAUGGACUGAUGGGUGGAUUUAUCUUAGGGUGCAAAACCAACUUGCAUUUGCGUUUAAUGGUCAGGUUGUUCUGGACACAUCUUUACCUCUAAGAAGCCAUGAUUAUAGCCAAAUCAUUACUGUUAGACCGCUUGCUGUAACAAGGAAAGCUCAAUUUACAGUAAAAGGGAUCAGUCUUCAUCGACCUGGCACAAGGGUACUUUGUGCUGUGGAAGGAAAAUACUUGGUUCAGGAAGCAACACAAGGAGUGAUGGAAGAGAGUGAUGAUGUUCAGGAGAAUCAUGAGACUGAUAUUGUCAAAUUUUCUUGUGAGAUUCCUAUCACAAGUGGUCGAGGUUUCAUGGAAAUUGAAGACCAAGGUGGGAUAAGCAGCAGUUUCUUCCCUUUCAUAGUAUCUGAGGACGAAGAUGUUUGUUCUGAAAUCCGAAGACUUGAAAGCACAAUAGAGUUUACUGGAACUGAUUCUGCAAUGCAAGCAAUGGAUUUCAUCCACGAACUCGGUUGGCUUCUUCACAGAAGUGAACUCAAUUCAAGAUUUGCAGAAUCAGAUCAUAAUCCCGAAGAUCUAUUCCCUUUAAUACGGUUUAAGUUUCUAAUCGAGUUCUCAAUGGACCGGGAAUGGUGUGCUGUGAUCAAAAAGCUAUUGAAUAUACUCCUUGAAGAAGGAACGGUUGAUCUAUCACCUGAUGCUGCAUUAUUAGAACUGUGUCUUCUUCACAGAGCCGUGAGGAAAAAUUCAAAACCCAUGGUUGAGAUGCUUCUUAGAUUCAUUCCCAAGAAGAAGAACCUGACAUUAUCCAGUUUAUUUAGACCAGAUGCAGCUGGUCCAGCCGGUUUAACACCGCUUCACAUUGCAGCUGGUAAAGACGGGUCAGAAGAUGUGUUGGAUGCUCUUACUGACGAUCCCGGAAUGAUUGGUACUCAAGCAUGGAAGAAAUCCCGGGACAAUACCGGAUUCACACCAGAAGACUAUGCACGUUUACGAGGUCACUUCUCAUAUAUUCAUCUCGUGCAACGGAAACUCAAUGCGAAACCAACGGCGAAAGAACAUGUGGUGGUCAACAUUGCAGAGUCUUUCAGCAUUGAACACAAAGAAGAAAAGAGGAGUCUAGUGGAUUCUUCAAGCUUGAAGAUAACUCAGAUCAAGCAAUGUAAGCUCUGUGAUUGCAAACGUGUGUUUGUCAGAACACAACAAAGGUCUGUUGCUUACAGGCCAGCAAUGCUAUCGAUGGUAGCGAUAGCAGCUGUUUGCGUUUGUGUUGCACUUUUGUUCAAGAGUUGCCCGGAAGUGCUGUAUGUCUUUCAGCCGUUCAGGUGGGAGUUACUUGCAUAUGGAACAAGCUAGUAAAAACCCUUGUGCAGAUUGAAGAGGAAUCUUGUUAAUCGAAGAUGUGUUGUUGUGAGAUCUACGAACAAGUGUAUUUUUUAUGUAACUUUUAUUAUUCAUCUAAUCACCAUCUUUACAAGAUUGUUUGUAUGUAGCUUAUUUUGAUGGCAAACCACGAAUAUGUAGCUACGUUUUUGCAUAUUUAUGUUGUUGUUACAUGUUCUUUUUCUCUUU